AUGGAGCCCGCGGAGCCCGCGGCGGCGCUCCUCAACCUGUCCCGAGCCGCGGCAGAGACGCCCCGCGGGGAGUUCAACCUGUCCGGGCUGCCGGAGGCCGAGGGGAAGCCCCUCUUCGGCAUCGGCAUCGAUAACUUCAUCACCUUGAUCGUCUUCGGUUUAAUCUUCACCCUGGGGGUGCUGGGCAACACCCUGGUGAUUACGGUGCUGGCGAGGAGCAAGCCGGGCAAGCGCCGCAGCACCACCAACAUCUUCAUCCUCAACCUGAGCAUCGCCGACCUGGCCUACCUGCUCUUCUGCAUCCCCUUCCAGUCCACGGUCUACGUGCUGCCCACCUGGGUGCUGGGAGCUUUCAUCUGCAAGUUCAUCCACUACUUCUUCACCAUCUCCAUGCUGGUGAGCAUCUUCACGCUCUCGGCCAUGUCUGUGGACCGGUACGUGGCCAUCGUGCACUCGCGCCGCUCCUCAGCCUUGCGUGUUCCCCGCAACGCGAUGUUGGGUGUGGGGCUCAUCUGGGCGCUCUCCUUCGCCAUGGCCUCGCCUGUGGCUCACCACCAGCGCAUCUUCCACCGCGAGACCAGCAACCAGACCUUCUGCUGGGAGUUCUGGCCCAACCCACGCCACAAGAAGGUCUACGUGAUUUGCACAUUCGUCUUUGGCUACCUGCUCCCGCUGCUGCUCAUCUCCUUCUGCUAUGCCAAGUGCUGUGUGAAGAGUUUGGCUCCAUAAAGUAAAACAAAGCAACAAGUUGUUCAGGCUUCAGAUGAAGCAUUAUGGUUCUUUAAAAUGCACAGUGCACUUGAAAGUGGCAAAAUGUAUCUGUUUGGUGCUAAGAGUAAAAUGUGCAUUAUGCUGCCUGAUCCCUGUUGGUGCCAUGUCUUGCCCCAGUUAAAGCUGAUGAGAGAGUUACCUCUGACUACAGCAAGGGCAGGUGAUUCUAAGGAACAGGGCAUGAGAACCCAGGUAGGAAAAAGCAGUAAUUAAGGGUGUCUGAAUAUGGGUAUUUAAGGACUUUUAUGCUUAAGCAAAGUGACACAUUCUUCUGGAGUAAUUGCAGCCUUCAGCGUAUGAUCCUCUGCUCGCUGCUGAACAGGAUCUGGAGCACCAGCUGCUACCUGCUGAGUUAGUCGGAGAUCCUGCUGCUUCUGUGCCAGCUGCCUUCAGUCGCUGGAUUUCUCCUUAGGCAGUGCUUUACAUUUGAGAGGACUGGACUGCUCUUGCAAAUAAGGACUGCUUAAGUCAGUUCUUCAACUGGCAAGUUCAAUAGAUGUACCUGAAGUAUUUAAUUUGAACAAGUAAUUUUAUGUUCUUCCCAGUUUUAUAUACAUUACAUCAGCUUAAUUGUGAUGUGCAAAUUGAGGAUAUAAUGUUGUCCAACUCUGAAUCAAAGGCACGCAGAACAUAAAGGACAACAUUUCUAAAUGGCUGUUCAUCGUGGAACAAAUCCAACUGGCAAAUGGAGAAGAAACACAAGUUUUCAUACAUAAACUGAACCCUGCUUUCCCUGAAUGAAUAUGCUGGUAUUUCAUCUACGGUGGUGAAUAUGACUGAGCUUUAGUGAUAGAGCAUCAGUUUGAAAGAAGUAUUGCACAUUGCAGGGAGAACAUUACAGAAUGCAUGCACAGGGGCUUUCAGCUACAAAUUCUUCCCUUUUUCAAAGCCAAAGCAUCUUCAGUCUCAGCAUAAAGUACUGGCCUUCAAAGUCUAAUUAUAUGAGAGAAGAUUAAAAAGAAAUCUUUCAAAAUUAGCAUAGUCCUGUACAGUGUUGGCAUGAAAAAAGCAAAUAUGUUUAACCAAAAUAUAUGCAUAGUAAAUAAAACACACUCUGUCAUUACAAAGCACCUGCACAGAAGUAAAU